AUGCGACGUCGCGGUCGAGAAAUCGACCGUGCGUCCUUCGGCGCCGUCCUCGUCGCCUCCCUCGCUCUCCUAGCCACCGCGCGAGCGAGCGACGAGGCGACGCUCGCGACUGAACACCCAAAGUCUCGUGCGAUUCCAUCCCGCGUCUCUGGCGCGUCGACCUCGGCGUCCGCGGAUCCACAUGGGGCGGUGACGGUCCUAAAGGCGUCAAACGCGCGAUUCCCGGCGUCGUUCGCGUUCGGCGUCGCGACGUCGGCGUGGCAGAUCGAGGGCGCGGGUGGGAAGCGCCCAGAGUCCACGUGGGACGCCUUCGCGGCGGCGACGCUCGGACGCGACGCCGCGGCGGAGAUGCGACGAGGGAUCGAGUUUUACGAACGGUAUGAGGACGACGUGAAGAUGAUGUCCGAGGCGGGGGUGAAGAACUUUAAGAUGUCACUGAGUUGGCCGCGGCUGAUGCGAGCGGAUGGGACAAAGCGCGAGGAAGGCUUCAAGUUCUACGAGCGCGUGCUCGGUGCGCUGCGGAAGAGUGGCAUCGAGCCGCACAUCACGUUAUUUCACUGGGAUACGCCGAUUUGGCUAUGCUUCGCGAACAGGACGAGGUCGAGCAAUGGCGUGUGUGAGGGCGCGUGGGCGCGAGACGAAGUCGUAGAGGCGUUUGAGACGUACGCCGACGCCGUGUUCGAGCGAUUGGGCAAAGGAGUGAAGUACUGGACCACUAUUAGCGAACCUAAAACGAUUUGUGAGCUCGGGUACGGUGCGGGAAUGCACGCCCCGGGACGCCGGGGCGUCGAGGAGCAGCUCAAGGUUGGGCACAACAUGUUAUUGGCCCACGCGCGGGCGGUGGCAUUGUAUAGGAAGAAGUACGCGGAUUUGGGGGGAAAACUUUCGCUGAAUUUGAACAGUGCAUGGGCCGAACCGGCGUCGGAUUCGAUGGACGACGCCACCGCCGCGGCGAAUGCGAUGGACGAAGAGCUCGGUUGGUUUGCCGAUCCGGUGUUCACCGGAGACUACCCGAGAAGCAUGCGUUCGCGACUGGGUUACUUUUUGCCGCAAUUUACGGAGGAGCAGAAAGCUCAAAUCAAGGGCAGCGUUGAUUUCUUCGCGCUUAACCAUUACACAUCUUACUACGUCAAGCACGUUCCCGCCCCGGUGGCGGCAUCGCAAUUGGGAAUUGGCGGCAAGCCGCAGCCGUGGGAGAUCACACUCUUCGCGGAGUCUAGCAAGGAACCGAUCGGUAAGGAGGCUCAGAGCAACUGGUUGCGCGUCGUUCCGUGGGGUUUGGAGAAGAUUUUACUCCAUAUCAAAGAAAAGUACGACGAUCCGGAGAUUAUCAUCACCGAGAACGGUGUCGACAUUGCGGAGAAGGGCGACAUUGCGGAAACGCUCGACGAUUCAGAGCGUGUGCAGUUCAUCGAUGCCUACCUUGGCGCCGCUCGAAGCGCCAUGCGUAAAGGUGCAAAGGUGAUCGGGUAUUUUUAUUGGUCCAUGUUCGACAACAUUGAGUGGGUCGAUGGCGCUUCUAAGAGAUUCGGUCUCGUGUACAUUGAUUACAGCGGCAAGUACGGACAGAAAAUGAAGCGGUAUCCGAAGAAAUCUCUCGAGCAUUACUCCGCGUACAUGCGGGGUGAACACGCCGAAGAACCCGAAGAACCCGAGCCCGCGCUCGGCGUAGCUCGAGAGAACAACGCGAUGGAUGACAUGAUCGCAUCUUUCGGGAAGAGAAGCGACGGCGAGGCGCUCGCGAUGCGAGGCCUCGGCGUCACGUUUGCGUGCGUAUUCAUCGCCGCCGCGCUCGCCAAGCGCGUUCGCAUCGACAUCGACGACACCCCGAACGAACACUCGGGAUUGGUGUGA